UCACAAUCAUGGGUCAGCUCUUCUCUAAUACACCUAACAAUGAAGACAAUGGAAAUUUGGAGUCCAGCUUCACUAAAUAUUUUAGGAAGUAUAAGCCAGAAACCAAAAUAAUUUCUGAAGAAACCACCCGUUCAAUAGAGUUACGCCUGAAAAGGGGGGACAUUCAGGGAGCAAACUCUGUAAUCAGCGAUGCAUUAAAAAAUAUUGAUAAUGCCCCAAUAAAUAUUGCUGUGACAGGAGAGUCUGGAGCAGGGAAGUCCAGCCUCAUCAAUGCCCUGAGAGAAAUUGAACAUGAAGAGAAAGGUGCAGCUAAAGUGGGGGUAACAGAGACAACCAUGAAGAUAGAUUCAUACAAACACCCCAGAGUUAAAAAUUUGACGUUAUGGGACCUGCCUGGUAUUGGAACUAUGAAAUUUCAACCAAAAGAUUAUCUGGAAAAGGUAGAGUUCAAAAAGUAUGACUUCUUCAUUAUUGCUUCUUCCACACGAUUUACAAAACACGAACUAGACCUCGCCAAAGCAAUCAGAAUUAUGAAAAAGAAUUACUACUUCGUGAGAACCAAGGUGGACUUUGAUCUGGGAAAUGAAGAGAAAUGCCAUCCACGUGACUUUGACAGAGAAACCACCCUGAACCGUAUCCGAAAGUCCUAUCUGGAUGGCUUUAGGGAGAGUAAAAUUGAGGAGCCUCAGGUUUUCUUGAUAUCUAACCACAGUUUAUCUGACUAUGAUUUUCCACUCCUGAUGGACACCCUGAUUAAGGACCUUCCUGCUGAAAAGCGCCACAACUUUCUGCUUUCCUUGCCUAAUAUUACUGAGGCAGCCAUCCAAAAAAAGUACAACUCCACUAAGCAGUUUAUCUGGUUGGACGCCUUAAAAGAUGGACUUUUGGCGACUGUUCCUGUAGUGGGCAUUUUAAAGGACUUGGAUAUGGAUAGGCUGAAGAAUAUUUUAAACCACUAUCGUGACCUCUUUGGAGUAGAUGAUGAAUCCCUAAUGGCCAUGGCUAAGGAUUCCCAAGUGUCUGUUGAACUACUGAAAAAAAAACUUAAGUCUCCUUAUUUGUUGGAACUUAAAGAGGAAACAUUAGGAGGAAUGCUUUUGAACUGUUUGGAGAAAUUUGCCUCAGCUAAUGGUGGGCCGCUGGCAACAGGUCUUUACUUCAGGAAAACUUAUUACCUAGAAUUUCAUUUCCUUGAUACAGUGGCUGAAGAUGCCAAAGUUCUCCUUAAAGAGGCAUAUUCAAAAAAAUAGCCCAAACUCAAUUUGCCCACAGCUACUGACAAUUACAAGACCAACAGGUUAAUACCAGGGAAUCAUUUGAUAAAUUCUCGCUCUGACAUCUUUUCUUUACACUAGCCAACCCACUACAUCUAUGGGAGAAACCUGAGGACUAGGGUCAUGGGUAAUACUAUGCCAGAACCUGACAAUCCCCACUCUCUCCUCAACUCUACAUUCCCUAAUACCUUGU